AGUCUGGCAUUUCUUAAUGCUGACUAGAAAAUUAUGAGGUUCUGUUGCAGAUUUUUUUCAUUUUUAAGUAAAACAUUUUUCCAUGUUAUAAAUGAAUUAAUCUCCUAGUGGAACAACUAGAUUUUCCUCAGUCAUAAGGAGUUACUGACUUAACUCAAGCUCCGAUAUCUUGUUAAAUAUAUUUGUAAGUUAGUUUUGUCGUAUUUCAAGCGCAUGAACAUAUUUGCACUAGAAACUAGACAAAAAUAAUUACUGAUAUUUUGUGUUUUUACAAUGCACUGAGCUUUGAAUUAAUGUAGCUCAUGAGAUUCAGCUUUCCAAAAAUAUUGUUAAAUUUAAAUUUUUCAUUUUAUUGAACAUUUUUCUUAUAUUGGAUAACGACAGCCUGAGUAGAUACUAAAAGCAGUUUUCAAAUGAUGAUUUUUAAGAGGAAAAGCUUUCCAACCCAACCCAAAGCGUUAUGGGGUUUGGACCAUUUCCUGCAGGACUUUCUAAUAUAGAGCAAAAUUUAUGAUUAACAUCAAUUAUGGUAAGUUGUCAGACAUCUUUAGGAAGAAGUCCAACCACAAACCACCAUACCCCCAUCGUACUGUUUUACUUUCAAUAUGAUUCUGAAAUGCUGUGUUAUUUUUUGGUCAGAUGACAAACUUUUGUCUUGUUGGCCAACAGAAUAUUUUAUCAAAAGCCCUGCAGUUCCUUAAUAUUUUUUGGGGGGAUAAAUAUAUGUUUCAUUGAAUAGGUUAGGAUAGGUAAAGGAUACACAAAGCAUGUUCAUUACAUUUUUUACAUAAAAUCAGUCUUGGAUAAUUGUUGUGCCUAUUUUGAGCUCCUUUCAGAAUGACCUUUUAUAGGGCUCUGUCACUUUAAAUCCGGAUCAGCGGCUGGUGAUCACGCCCCCCAGCUCAACAUUUACACUCACACCUGAAGAAAGCUGUAACUCGACGCGCUUUUACAUAGCUGUGCAUUUGGAAGUGAUUCGAGUGGUUUCUGGAUGCAGGAGGAGUGGCACCCGGUCUGCAUGUGCAGUUGUGUGAAUGUGUGUGGCGUCGUUGCCUGUAAGUGAGAGGAAGAAAAGGAUGCAGAGGUUUGGCAGCGAGGGAGGAGGGAGAUUCACUCGACCUGUCCGGGUCUUUCAUGUCACAUUUCUGCCCUCGGGAUCUGACCUCUGUAACCCUGUCUGGAAAAUAACCUGGAAAAACUAAAAUGGAAUAAUGGAAAACUGCCCUCUGGAAAAGAGUCGGAGCAACGCACCUCCUCUUCCUCCUCCUCCUCCUCUUCCCUCCUCGUCCUGCUGCUGCAUCAGACAGGAGAACUGAAGAGAAGAAUGAAAGACGUUUUUUAAUUUGCUCCUGCGCUGGAGCUUGUGUGCCAAAGUGAAGGCUUUAUGUGGAUUUAUGCAUCUGAUUGUACAGUUUGAACUGUUUUAGUUUCUGUUUAAGAGGAAAGAGCACAUAGUGGAGGGAGAGGGGAGGAGGGCGAUGAGCAGUGAGAUGAGAUGACUACAAAGGACAGGAGUAAAGAGGAGAGUUGAAGAAGAGAAAGCAGAAGACUGGGAUCUGGAUCCUGUUAUUAUUUAACUAAUGAACAGGUGUGACAGGGGGAAAAAGCAUCUGGAUGUUUUCAGAAAUGUGACAGCCGAAACACACAUCUGUCCUCCAGCACGCUGUCUUUUUAUUGCAGGAGGAGAGAUGAGGCACUGAUCUAACUUCUCCAGGAACUUAUACCGAGCUCAUCUCUGCCACAAUAUGAGCACUCCAACACCCGGAAGCCCAAACUCGGAGGUGAAGAUGGGGUCCCAGGAGAUGGCGAUGCUGAGCAACCUUUUGGCUGCUUACACUUUCAUUGCAGACCAACCUGAGAGAACGGCUCUAGUGUUCCUCGGCGGUGUGUGUGUUGGACUCCUGGUCACGCUGUGCGCCAUCGUCUUCCAGAUACACUGCCGAGCGGACUGCCACUAUGGCAACAGCAACGACCUUCAGAAACGCCAAAGGGUCCGACGUCACCGUCGCCAGCACCUCUGUGCCCGCCCUCAGCUCACAGAUGGUAACCCAGACAACACCGGUGCUGUGGUUGUGGCCUCUGGAGUGACUGGGAACACUGGGGACUGUGAGCCAGAGGACUGGGAUGACACGUCUGACCUGUCGGCACGGCGACGCAGGCGCUUCGAGAGAGCUCUGCUGAACGCCACCAUGUUCACAUCUUCUGAGGAGCUGGACCGGGCCCAGCGACUGGAGGAGCGGGAACGGGUUCUUCGAGAGAUCUGGAUGAAUGGACAACCAGACAUCAGCACAGUGACUCAAAGCCUCAACAGAUAUUACUGAUGGAAAGCCAAGACGACAGAUACAGACCGGGAAGAAAACAAAGCGCAGGCAGUCAGAUGGAUGACUGGUGCAGAAAAAUGAACAUAAACAUGAAACAGUUUCCACUGCAGCAGUGAGCCUCUGAACAAUGAGGUAACACUGGUUUGUUUGGGGCUCAACAAGAAGAGAGGACAGAAAUGGAUUUUCAAUAAAACUAUUGUCUGUAGCUGAUAUUUAAUGGACUCUGGGCUAUGUGACUGCUGCCAUUAAUUUACUGGGAUGUUUUCUCUUUUCUGUUUCUUCGGCAUUUCUCAGUAGAACAUGAAAAGGAGCAGAAGGGAAUAACAAUCUAGAGUCCACAGCUUGAUUUUGUAGAAUAAUGUUGCACUUUUCUCAGCUGACCCUAUAUUGUUUGUGAACCUGCAAUAAUCAGAGUGUUGCAACUUGAUACUUUUAUAUUGAAGGGCAACUUCCUCUUCCAAGGCGAUCAUGGAAACUCUAUGACAAACAUGGUGAUACGAAUACUGGUGCUUUUUCUACUGCAUUUCAAUUUCAUCUGGUUGCUCACUGAAUGGCAUCAGACACAUGAAGCACUGAGGAUCAUCAGCUCUGUUGCAUCACUUUAUGACAAUCCUCAAUCUGAGUUAUUACAAAGAAUGAUUAACUUAAUUUUAAUAUUUUAUUAACUUUGUUUUGACGUAAUGAUUAAACUGCUGUAUAUAAGACAUUAAAAUGGUGGCUUUGCAGUUUUUUAAAAACACAAAG